UUUUGUUUCCGGUAAGUUAAUUUCGUCUGCAACAUUUCUACUUCCACAGCCCCCGGACAUUUAAAAAGUAAUAGUGAAACCCUUUAGGGCAUGCCCUCCUUAGGAUGUGUAUUGGUUAUGAUAGGUGUGGAAUUGAAGCUGAUGUAUUGAUGGUCAAUCUGCCAGAUGAAGUGAAAGACAGAAUAAAUCAGUGACAAAAUGGAGGAAGAAGACAUUAAUUGGAAGGAAAGAUGCUUGAUAUUAGAGACGUCACUACAGAAAUUCAGGGAGCAAGUGACCAAAAUCAGAGAAACACUUGGAUUCAAGGUAAAAGAUUUGGAGGGAAAGAAACUAGAAGCAGAACAUGAAGCAAAGACAGCAGCAGAUAAGAUACAGAUCAUGGAACAACAGUUAGCAGCCAUUAACAUGCAGCCAGAUGAGUUGGAGGAUAGAAUACAUAUCUUGGAAAAACAGUGUGUAGAAAAAGAGGAGAAAAUUAGAUCUUUACAACAAUAUCUGGAAGAACAGAAACAACAAAGACAACAUGAUGCUAAGAUGGUGGAAGAAAAAGCUGGUAAAAUAAAGGAGUGGGUCACCUCUAAGUUACAACAGAUAGAAACAAAGAAUCAAGAAUUACAACAAGAAAAUGAAUCUCUUCAAGAUCAGGUUGAAAUUUUACGUGAACGUCUCCAAGCUUUGCCAGCCUUUGCUGCUAAAGAGAUUUACCGAUUAAGUCAACAGAGUUCUGUAUCUAGAGCCUCAUCUUAUAUAGAGGAAGAGUCGUCAUUUUGUGCUGAUUCUAGACCUAAUUCUGUGUUCACAGACAUCUCUCAUCUAGUAGAAAAUGCCGUAUCAAGGUCCAGUUCUCGACCUCAGUCUGAAACAUUUAGCCCUAUUGACCUAACAGAUACUAAAGGUAGACCUGUAUCAGAAGGGGGUUGGUCUGAACCUAGGUCUGAAGUUAUCCAACUACGACCUUUGUCACGGACCAGACCUUCUUCAGAUUAUGCUGAGUCAAGGUCAAGGUCAGAUGUCAGUUCAAGUUCUCAGGACAUGUCAGAAGAUUCAAUUCCACCAGCUAUUCCUAAACGUCCUUCCCCAUCAGUAUUACAAGCCAUUGAACACGAGUUGGAAGAUAAAAGAGAAAACAGUAUCAGCCCUCCGUCAGAUACGAAAAGCUCGGCCAGUAUGAAAAGUGACAAAGAUGCAGCAUUGGACAGCAACAGCGAUGAUAGUAUGCCUGAUAUAGAAACAAUUCCACUUUAUCAUGAAGUGGAUCAGAAUCAUGAAAGUACAUACGAACUGAAAAAAUGUCUACCUCCUCAAGUGGUGAUUGGACGAAAAGUGUUCAGCGGUGAAAAUAGACUUCUUGAUUCUCUUGUUAGUUCUAGUAAUGAUGAUGAUGAUAAAAAUGACGGGAAAAAUAAUAAUAGUUUUUUGUUAAAUAAUGGAGAGGAUAAUGACUUUGUUGAUGAGGAGGAUAUUAUCAUUGAAGAUAUAAUUAUAAAAACUGAGAGUUCUCCAGCUGUGACCUUGACCCCUAUGUCACCAAGGACACCAAUUUCACCAUUCUUUCCAAGCACACCAUCAGAAUCUCCAAGUAGUGUAUAUAAUCAUAGUUCAAAUAAUGUGUCAGCCAUUGCAACACUACCUCGUGUGAAAAAGCGACAUGAUAAAUCCACGCCAUUGCAAUUGAUGUAUAGUGCUGGAGGGGUUCCAGAGGGGAUAGUAUCACAUGACAAACCACCUCCUGUCUUGGAGCCGCAUAUAGUCACUGGAAAAACCUCUUCAUUUUGGGAUAGCAGAACUUAUGCCAUACCUAAGAAAGUAAAAGACACUAGUCAACAGCAUACCUCCACAUCUAAGCCAGCAGUACCACAAACAGUAAUUGGUAAACUGUAUAAGGAGUUUGAUGUUCCUGUCUAUGCAACUCUAAAAGGGAAAGCAGCACAGAUCAGGAGUACACCUUUCACUGAAGAUUCCUCUACAGAUUCUUCUGAGGAAGACUGUUCACUUAUUGUAACUCAGGCAGAACCUUCUAAAACAAAUAAAGUCCAACAGAGCAGCUCAGGGGCCAUCAAAAGGGGUGUAUCGAGUUAUUCAGCAUCAUCUGAAGUAUCAUGUGAUUAUGUUGAUCCACCAGAGGAGAACUCAGGGAAAAGUGAUUCUGAUACAUCUGAACCUGAACAGAAACUACUCAAGUAUGCUGCAGACAACUGUAAACAUGACACAUUGGAGAAAUUUGGUUACCUGUCGAAGCUUGGUGGCAAAGUUAAAAUGUGGAAAAGAAGAUGGUUUGUUCUCAGGAAUGGAGAGUUGUUUUAUUAUAAAUCUCAGCAUGAUGUAUUAAGAAAACCUCAGGGAUCAAUUAAACUAGAUGACCAGUCUAGAGUUGUGCAUACUAAAGGGGAAAUGGCAUUUCAGAUCACCUCAGGAAAGAAGACAUACUAUUUUACAGCAGAUACCCUGUUUGAAACAGAGAAAUGGAUUAGAUUACUACAGAAGGUGUUUAAAAGACAAGCUACAAGUUUUCUAUUAGAUCACAUGGACACUAAAGCUGUACUGAAAGGAACAUUGCAUAAAGUAAGGAAUGGAGUCACAAGGAAAUGUUGGUGUGUUCUGGUUGGUAGAUAUCUAAUCUAUCACAGGAAUCCAUCUGACAAGACACCAUUAGGCCAGAUUCAUUUAAGAGAUGCCAGGAUAGAAGACAUUGAUAAUAGUAACGAUUCUGAUGACGAAGCUGAUGUUACCAAGGAAACCAAACAUGCCAUUGCAAUAUGGCCACCAUUCCAAGGACCAACCUAUCUUAUGUUACCUAGUCAACAUGAAAAGGAUUCCUGGUUGUAUCAUUUAACAGUGGCUGCAGGGGGAGGGACAGGCAAUGUGGGGACAGAAUAUGAACAGAUUAUAUCUAAAGUGAUGGAGUGUAAUGCAGAUUCUAAUUCUGUAUAUUGGAAACACCCAUUAUUAUUACACAGUAAGGACCCUAUCAGUAAACCUCUUACCACACUCCCCUCUGCUGAACUGGAGUUAAAGGCACUUGAAAUAUUUAAGCUAAUACUCCAGUUUACUUAUACACUAAUAGAAUCAACAAAUUUAGAAUACCAUACCAAUUUGUCUCAGAAGUUGUUAGAUAUCUGUCUGGCAUAUCCAGAACUACAAAAUGAACUUUUUUGUCAACUCAUUAAACAAACAUCUAGUCAUCCAGUCCAACAGAAAACAGCUGUACAGAAUUUAUUAUUAUGUGGAAAACAUUCCUGGUAUUUAUGCCAUGCUACACCUACCUCACCCACUGGAUCAUUAAUGGACUUGUCCGACUCUAGAUUAAACCCUGCAGCUAAUGUCAUAUUACAGGGGUGGCAGCUAUUGUCCAUGUGUGUUUCAUUAUUCCUUCCAAAACAGAGCAUUAUGUGGCAUUUAAGAGUACAUCUACAGAGACAUGCUGACCAAAGGUCAGAUAUUGGAAAGUAUGCCAUAUUUUGUCAGCGAGCUCUUGAGAGAACCAUUCUUAAAGGAAUUCGUGAAGUGAGACCUUCACGGAUGGAAGUAUUGUCCAUCUUGUUACGUAAUCCAUAUCAUCAUUCUCAACCAAUCAGUAUUCCUGUACAUUUCCUCAAUAAUACAUACCAGGUGGUUAGUUUUGAUGGAUCUACAACAGUAGAAGAACUGUUACAUUCACUCACAAAGAAAUUAUCCAUGAGGGAUUCUAAUCAGUCUGGGUUUGCCCUUUUUAGUGAUGACCCAUGUAUUAUAGAGGGGGAACAUUUCUUACAGUCACAUAUCAAGGUUUGUGAUGUCAUAUCCAAGUGGGAACAUAUAUUCAAAGAGAAUAACUCAGGGAAGCUAGACAGUAGCAGGACGAUAAAGUUUCUGUACAAAAAUAGGUUGUAUUUCAAGUCAACAUGCAAAUCAGAAACAGAUAAAGAAAAGUUGUUGUUAGCUUAUCAGGUCAAUGAGGAUAUUGUUCAGGGAAGAUUUCCUCUCAAUAAAGACCUGGCUCUAGAAUUAACUUCAUUGUUAGCUCAGGUAGAAUAUGGUGAUCUGAAGCUGUCAUCCUCAGACUACAGUGAGAAUGGAGAUAUAUGCCAGACAAAUGUUGCCCAACAAGUAUCAACAGUAUUAGAUAGAUUUUAUCCUAAAAAGUUUACCUCUAUAUCAGAAGAAGAACAAAGGUCUGUGAUAAGUAAGUUGUUAGAGAGAUGGUCAUCAUUACGUGGAAGAUCUGCUCAGGAUUGUAUACGGGUAUAUUUAGCUGUUGUCAGAAAAUGGCAGAACUGUGGUGCUAAACUAUUUAGAACAAAGACAAAAACGUCUCUAAGUAAUACAGAAGAUGUAUGGUUAGCUGUCCAUGAAGAAGGGAUUACUGUAUUAGAAUAUUCCACAAUGCAACCAAUAAUUUCCUAUGAUUACCGGUCGGUAAUUACAUUCGGCGGUUGGAAAGAUGAUUUCAUGAUUGUUGCUACACAGUUAAUAGAGUCAGCUCCACAUCAUUAUGAACACAGAACAGAAAAACUGUUAUUUACAAUGCAAAAAUGGAAGAUUUUGGAGAUUACUUUACUGAUGGCCAGUUAUAUCAAUGUAAGAGUACAAAGACCUUCCAAUGAUAUUAGCCCAGAAUCAUGACAACCAUUUUCAACUAAUCAACGAAUGCAGAUGGAGGUCAAACACCUGAUGUUUUCAGACCAGAAUCCUGACAACCAAAUGAAUAUGUUUUAAAUUGUCAAAUUUCAGUUCCUCUAUUUUUUGAAAGAAGUGCAAAAAAUGGUCUAAUUUUAGUAGAUAAAAAUCCUGAUGUCCAAUCAGUUUUUAACUCAUCGAUAAAGACAGAAGGAGCGGAAAGAUCAUAUAUAAAGUUCACAGGCAGGAAUUCUGACAACAGUGUUCAUUUCAAUAAAUUCAGGAAGACUGGUGAACAGCAUAUACCUUUUAGUGAUAUUGAUUCAGAUUUUUAAUGAUUUAAUCAUUAAGUUGUAAAUUUCCAACUGAUCUGUUUAUAAGUGCAAAUAUCAUCUUAUGUUGUCAGUCUUAAAUCCUGAUGACCAAUUGACUAUGUUGUCCAUUUUCGUUCCUGAAUUCUGUUUAAUACAUCUUCAUCAGAUAUUCAAAUGAUAUAAACCAAGGAGUUUGAAAUUCCAAUUCAGAAUACAAAGCCCAUCUUGUGUUUGCCAGUCCAAAAACCUAAUGACCAAUUGAUUAUGUUGUCAAUUUUCAAAACAUAAUGAAUUCUGAUGAUCAUUUACAUCUUUACAUAAUCAUUAGAUAUAUAUAUAUAAUAUCAACCGAGAAGUUUGAAAUUCUAAUGACCAAAAAAAUACUCACAUAUGAGAAGCUCACCAAUGAUUAACUAUCAUGCUUACUCCUCAAUUUCCUGAUGCAUGACCAACAGAUAUUCUUGUGAACUCUGCAUAAUUGACCACUUUAUUUUUUUUGCCAAGUUACAUGGGAAUUUUAAGUCAUUUUCAUUUGUAAUUUAACAUAUGAUAAAAUGAUUCAAGUAUUAAAAAAAAUCUGUGAGAGAAGAUAUUACUGACUUUUAAGUCUUAUUGAACAGUAAGAUCACAAACUAUUGUGAUUAAAUAUUGGUAUUAUUCACAUCUGUAUCUUUAACACUGAAACUGGAUUUCCCUUAAGAAAAUAAGGUAUUAGAUUGAAUCUGUUGCUAAUUGAACAAUUCUGCAACAGAUGUUUCACUACAGGACUCCAAAACUCUUUUACCAUAAUUUUGAUGUAAAGCUUCUUUUUCAUGCCCUUCUCUCAUGACCUGUUGCAAGACAAAAUAUGUAAUCAUUUUUCCGACUGCCUCUUAACUAGCAGAAGUCCAAAUUAAAAGUCCUUCAUCUCUGUUUAUCAAUUUGGCAGAAACUAAUUUUGGAUUUAUUUUUAAUUUGGACUUGUCCUAAAAUGCAUUGGAUGUUAAGGAUGUUCGGUCCUCUUUUCAAGAUAACAAGCUUUUUAAAAGACUUAUAAAUUGAUAGUAUAUAAAUAAUGGAACUUAAAAAGUAGAAAAAAAUUACAGGUCCAUGUCCUUGUUUUUAAGAUACAAUCAAUUGAAAAUUUGGCAGAUAAUACUUCUCUCUAGAUUUUUCAUACAUUCAACAUUGGCACCUUUUUUCUUCAAAAACUAUGAAAAAAUAACAAGGAUUUCAUAAGAUUUUCAAAAAUGGUGUUUUAAACUAUAUGUAAUAAAAUUAUGAAGGGUCAGCGAACAAAAUUUUUAUUGGCACUAUAUGGAUAAAACUAGAGGAUUCUGAAUAUCUGACAAAUAGUAAAAAAACAAGAGUAGAAAACAUCCUAAAAGCAAACAUCAAUUAAUCAUUCAAACAAUUAUGCUUUUUACAAAUAUAUUUGUCAGUUCAUUUGUAGUUUCAUUGCAAAGUGAUACAUUUUAUUACAAUGUUUCUAUUUUCAAAUGUAACUAUGACAAUCCUAAUUCAUUGAUAUCAGAACUUAUCACAUUGGUUUCAAUGAAAUUCUUUGAUUUCACAGUUAAAAAAGCGCAGAUAAUUUGACUCCUAUGAUGUCAAGACAUUGUUGUUGGCAUUGCAUCAAAACGAAUUGGAAAUGAGUUAAAAAAGAUAUAACUCCUUGUAUUUUCUACUUUAUUUUCAUUAAAAAAUCCCACAGUCAAUGUAAUAAAAAGAAUAACUAGUCCAAGAAUUCAAAUAUUGAAAAAUAUUUAACUCGUGACUGAACAACACUGAAAAUUAACUCAUGGGCUAUGCAAAUUUGUUAAUUUACGUGUUGUUUCCAUAUUUGAAUUAUCCGAUAAUUUAUUCUAUAAAUCUAAUUUGUGUCCUAGUGAAGUAGUUUUAUGAUUCUCCAACUUGAUACUAAUGUGGUUUGAAAUCAUGUACUUGAAAGUUGUCUCUAAAAAGUUAAGAGUCGAUUCAUCUUUUUGUUAUUGGUAAUCAUGUACUUAAUGUAAAAAAGAAAAGUUGUUAACAUUUUUGAGAUUAUUUUACAAGUCAUAAUAUCAUAGGGCAUAUUGUGCAAUUGUUUUGUUAUGUGUCACACCUUUUGUUGUAAGUUUUCUUGUUUCUUUUUAUAAAAAGAUUUUAAGAAUUGA